GAAGCUCCCUUUAAUUAGAUAUUUUACUUGAAAUCAUAAUAAUACCUUAAAAUUUUGCAAUGUUUAUUUGACAAAAAUCAGAAAUCAGAAAUCAAUCCAUGGCUGCUGUGCUUAAUCUGUUGACACUCCAACCAUGUAAAUUGAGAGUUAAUAAAACCCAAUUAUCAUUUGGAAUUAAAAACCCACUUUCUUGUAUAUCUCCAUUAUCAAAAACAACAAAAACAAAAACCCUUGCAAAAUCCAAGCUUUAUAUUUCAGCAACAUCAACAACAAUAACUGAAACAGUUUCAGGCAACCCAAAAACUGAAAACGAUGAAAAAGAUGGAAACUUUGAUUGGUAUUCAGAGUGGUACCCAGUUGCCCCUGUUUGUGACCUGGAUAAGAGGGUCCCACAUGGUAAAAGAGUGAUAGGCCUUGAUUUAGUGGUUUGGUGGGACCCAAAUGUGAUGAGCUGGAAGGUGUUUGAUGACCGUUGUCCACAUCGGUUGGCACCUUUGUCUGAGGGAAGGAUUGAUCAAUGGGGAAGAUUGCAGUGUGUGUACCAUGGUUGGUGUUUUGAUGGUUCUGGUCAUUGUAAGCUCAUUCCUCAAGCUCCUCUUGAUGGACCUCCGGUCCACACAUCCAAGAAAGCAUGUGUAGCUUCUUACCCUUGCACAGUCCAAAAUGACAUUCUUUGGUUCUGGCCAAAUAGUGAUCCUGAAUAUCAAGACAUUCUUACCAAGAAACAACCUCCUUACAUUGCUGAAAUUGAUGACCCGUCAUAUGCCAAAUCCAUGGGAACUAGGGAUAUUCCUUACGGAUAUGAGGUUCUUGUUGAAAACCUUAUGGAUCCAGCUCAUGUUCCUUAUGCACAUUAUGGAAUAAUGCGAAUUCCAAGUGACAAAAACAGACCCAAAGCAGAUAGAGAAGGCGGGAGACCUUUGGAGAUCAAUGUCCAAAAACUAGACAAAAGUGGUUUUUCUGCUCAGCAAGAGAGAGGGAUCAGCGAGUUUAUUCCACCCUGUGUCUUUUAUGCUCUUCCAAAGUCUUCAAUGAAUGAAGGUCAAUCACUUUCUAGUCCCCAAAAGGAGUCGGAAGGCAAACAGAGGAGAUUUCUCUUGAUUUUUUUCUGUAUUCCUGUCAGUCCUGGAAAGAGUCGAUUAAUAUGGACCUUUCCUCGAAAUUUUGCUGUCUGGCUUGAUCAAAUUGUGCCUCGAUGGGUGUUUCAUAUAGAUCAAAAUCUCAUCUUGGAUUCAGACUUGUAUCUAUUGCAUGUUGAGGAGCACAAGAUAAUGGAAAAUGGACCUACCAAUUGGCAGAAAGCCUGCUUUGUUCCAACCAAAGCAGAUGCCCUUGUAGUUGCUUUUAGAAAAUGGAUGAAGAAGUAUUCUGGAGGUCAAGUUGAUUGGAGGAUGAAAUUUGAUGGAUCACUCCCUCCAACACCGCCUCGUGAACAACUAAUGGAUAGGUAUCGGAGUCACGUGGUGAACUGCACCAGCUGUAGUGCUGCAUACAAGGGGCUCAACAUCGCUGAAACAACGCUUCAAAUCAUGUCUUUUAUUCUAAUUGGGAUUGCUGGAGUAACUAGGCAGGGAGCACUGACCACUUUACAAAGAAGUGCUCUCUUUUCAGCCGCAUUGAUAUGUUUUGCAGUAUCGAAAUGGUUGUCUCAUUUCAUAUACAAGAAUUUUCAUUUUCAUGACUACAACCAUGCUUUUAAAUGAGCAACUUUCAAGCCAUUUGAGCUACUUUAUUCUUAGAUAUAUGCCAAUGUACAUACUCAGUUGUUCACGGUGAUAUCACUUGGAAAGUUACAUACUAUAGCCUUUUGUUAUCUUAUAAGACAAUUUUUGUUACCGUUUGA